AUGGCCGUAAAACCACACUCACUACGAGUCUUCUCCGCAGGUCCAAAUGGCGGCAAUCCCCUUCGAGUCAUACUAGAUGCGCAAAACAUGUCGAACAAGGACAUGCAAGCACUAGCCAAAAGCCAAGGCUACGAGUGCUGCUUUAUAUUUCCAGCACCAAUGGACUCUAGAUACGACUAUGCGUUCCGCUAUUAUGCUCCGGACCAGGAAAUGGAGAUGUGUGGCCACGCAACUGUAGGAGCAGUUUGGCUACUGUCGAAGCUUGGCAUGUUGUUGAAGGACAAUCUACGGAUCUCGACUAAGAGUGGUAUUGUCGAAGCUACAGUCUCGCGGGUGUCUGGAGAGGAAGACGAAGGGAUAUGGGUUGAAGUAUCCCAACCAUCAGUGAAGAUGCUAGAAAAGGUUGAACGACAAGACCAUAUCGAUGAGAUAUUAUCCGUCUUGGGAAUCUCGAGUGAUGACCUCGUUCCGGGGUUGUCGAUUCAAAAUGCAGCAACAAGUAGAGUGAAGACGCUCGUUCCGAUCAAGUCUGUUGCAGCUUUGAACGGCCUUGCACCACAAUUCGACCGUGUUCAAUCCCUAUGUGAUACUCUUGGUAGCACUGGUCUAUAUCCAUACGCUGUAUCGGGCUUGGAGGACCAAAUAUUCGAGGCGAGGCAGUUCCCUAGGGGGGCUGGGUAUCAAGAGGAUGCGGCGACGGGGAUUGCGGCGUCGGCUUUGGCAUUUGGGCUAUUGGAAAAUGGGCUCGUGGUUGAUUUUGAGGAGACUGUCGAAGUGAAGCAGGGUUUUGCUAUGGAAUGCCCCUCUGAGAUUAGUGUUCGGUUCAGAGAGACUGGUGGUGAUAUUGUUGGAUGUUGGAUCGGGGGUUCUGCUGUCUCAGAUGUAUGA